AUGAGUCUUUUUCACAAUAAUAAGAAGAAGAAGGCGGACACGCCCGCAGACAAUCAAUCAGCUUCGUCUGCUUCCGCCCUAGUUUCAUCGAGAAGUGGUCACUACGGGUUUCCGGUCUCUUCUUUGCGAAGUGGCUACGAACAUACUAAUCAUGAGUUGACCAAUACAACAUUUAUGACUUCAGCUCCUGAGAGCACAUACCUCAUGCCUGCAGCAGACGGCACAAGGUUUGAUCCCACGACUCUAUCCACCCUGGGAUACAGCAUUGAGAGCAUCAAGCUCUUUCAUGCUGUGUUGGACGUCCUCAGAGAGGUCUGGAAAAAAUCUCGUCAAGUCCCUUCUGCAAGUCCUCUGUUUUCCGAAUUCGAAUCUGGUGAUAAGCGGUGUUUUCAUUUCGGCUUGGCAUCCGGCGAUAUACGUCCUGUCCCGCUCACGGGGAACCCAAAGAGUCUACAAAAGGCACGAAUUUACAAAAUUCCGGAGAGCUACCCCCUAUCCCUCUUCAAGGGAGGUUCGGUCCAUCUUGAUUUCAGCGGUACCGGGCAUCAUGCGAUGGACGACGGGUACGGUCCGUGUAUCCAAAUCGUCGGCAUUAAACGCGAUCCCGCCGAAGACUGCUUAGAGGUGACCUACACCGUUCACUGGGCAGAACGCCAAGGAAGCGACGCUUUCUCGGUUGACAUGUCCAUACUUCCAACUUGUCCCUCUCAAUCCGGGUUCUCAGGGUCGACACGGACAGAGUCGAAUGAGCUGAUUCGGGAUCUCGCCAAAAAGCCGGUGAGGGAUGAGGUACUCCAGGAAGUCUUCCGACUGCUACAAGCGUUGCAUGAGAGACACCACGGUAUACAUGGCCAGGAAUCCUUCUUCGAUGAUCGUGCUUUCUCGUAUAUUCCGCCGGAACCAGAAUCCAAUUUCAUUGUGACGCAUCUCCUCCGCCUAGAGAUCGACAGACACGGGAACGUCUCUGGUUAUCGUGGUCCUCCGGGUAAUUAUCAUACUCCAUGGCGCAUUCCCAAGAUAUCUCCGGAAACGAUGGAACCGCUAGGGAAGAUACGAUACGCCGCCGGCACGAGCUACAACUUUGACGGGACUAUGACGGGAUCGUUUCCCUGUCAUAGCGGUUGUCUCCCAGAGCCUCCAGGUAAGGGGAAAAGCAAGGCGUCUACGAAGCUGUUCAGAAAGAUGGCAGAUAAUCUACGAGGCGAAUCACAAUACCAGCCUUCCGGAAUACAGGUGCAAGUUGUCCAAAUCGGCGUGCCCUCAAGUGGGAUUCAAGGUCUGCUGAUAGUGACAUUCAAAGUGAGAAUUCGAGAGUAG